UGCUCGGGUCGCCAGGCGCUAGCUUAGGCGGCGGCGGCAGCGGCAGCGGCAGACCCUGAGGCCGGCGUCGUGUUCCCAUCCUCCGAGGCGACGGCCGCGGCUGCACAGAGAGGAAGAAAUUCCAUCCUAGACAGAAGUUACCGACACAGUGUUGUACAGCAAGUUACUUGUGGAAAGGGAUGCGAAGCUCAAGUAAAUAUCCUGGCUUACAGUGAAGUGGAAAGAAGUGUGAUGUUGUGGAAAUAAUAUUUGACUAGAAUUUUAGAUGGCUCGAAUUUUAUUCUUGCCUCUCCUCAUUUACCAGCCUGCAUCAUCAGAAGCUGUUUCUUUGUGCUGUGAAUAAUAAUGUAUUUGUGGCCUUGGACAUGAAGCAAUCAGUCUUCUGUUACUGUUAACAUAGUGUCAAGGACUGAUGUUGUGGGAAGCAUGGACCUAAUGAACGGGCAGGCAAGCAAUGUUAAUAUUGCUGCUACUGCUUCUGAGAAAAGUAGCAGUUCCGAAUCAUUAAGUGACAAAGGUUCUGAACUGAAGAAAAGCUUUGAUGCUGUGGUAUUUGAUGUUCUUAAGGUUACACCAGAAGAAUAUGCGGGUCAGAUAACGCUAAUGGACGUUCCAGUAUUUAAAGCCAUUCAACCAGAUGAGCUUUCAAGUUGUGGAUGGAAUAAAAAAGAAAAAUACAGUUCUGCACCAAAUGCUGUUGCCUUCACAAGAAGAUUUAAUCAUGUAAGCUUUUGGGUUGUUAGAGAAAUUCUUCAUGCUCAGACAUUAAAAAUUAGAGCAGAAGUUUUGAGCCACUAUAUUAAAACUGCUAAGAAACUGUAUGAGCUGAAUAACCUUCAUGCACUUAUGGCUGUGGUUUCUGGCUUACAGAGUGCCCCAAUCUUCAGGUUGACUAAAACAUGGGCGUUACUAAGUCGAAAAGACAAAACUACCUUUGAAAAAUUAGAAUAUGUAAUGAGUAAAGAAGAUAAUUACAAAAGACUAAGAGACUAUAUAAGUAGCUUAAAGAUGACGCCUUGCAUUCCCUAUUUAGGUAUCUAUUUGUCAGAUUUAACAUACAUUGAUUCAGCAUACCCAUCAACUGGCAGCAUUUUAGAAAAUGAGCAAAGAUCAAAUUUGAUGAAUAACAUCCUUCGAAUAAUUUCUGAUUUACAGCAGUCCUGUGAAUAUGAUAUCCCCAUGUUGCCUCAUGUCCAAAAAUAUCUGAACUCCGUUCAGUAUAUAGAAGAACUACAGAAGUUUGUGGAAGAUGAUAAUUACAAGCUUUCAUUAAAGAUAGAACCAGGGACCAGCACACCACGUUCUGCUGCUUCCAGAGAAGAUUUAGUAGGUCCCGAAGUAGGAGCAUCUCCACAAAGUGGAAGAAAAAGCGUGGCAGCUGAAGGAGCCUUGCUACCGCAGACGCCACCAUCCCCUCGGAACCUGAUUCCCCACGGACAUAGGAAGUGCCAUAGCUUGGGUUAUAAUUUCAUUCAUAAAAUGAACACAGCAGAGUUUAAGAGUGCAACGUUCCCAAAUGCAGGGCCAAGACAUCUAUUAGAUGAUAGCGUCAUGGAGCCCCAUGCACCGUCUCGAGGCCACGCUGAAAGUUCUACUCUUUCUAGUGGAAUAUCAAUAGGUAGUAGUGAUGGUUCUGAACUAAGUGAAGAGACCUCAUGGCCUGCUUUUGAGAGUUCCGCAGAAUCAGAAGAUUUGGCAGUGCAUUUAUAUCCAGGAGCUGUUACUAUUCAAGGUGUUCUCAGAAGAAAAACUUUGUUAAAAGAAGGCAAAAAGCCCACAGUAGCAUCAUGGACAAAGUAUUGGGCAGCUUUGUGUGGGACACAGCUUUUUUACUAUGCUGCCAAAUCUCUAAAAGCUACAGAAAGAAAACAUUUCAAAUCAACAUCGAAUAAGAACGUAUCCGUGGUAGGAUGGAUGGUGAUGAUGGCUGAUGACCCAGAACACCCAGAUCUCUUCUUGCUGACUGACUCUGAGAAAGGAAAUUCAUACAAGUUUCAAGCUGGCAACAGAAUGAACGCGAUGCUGUGGUUUAAGCACUUGAGUGCAGCCUGCCAGAGCAACAGACAGCAGGUUCCUACAAACUUGAUGACUUUUGAGUAAAAGCCUAAGAAAGAAGCGAGGUGAACUAUUGCCCCUAAGUAAAAGCAAGGAGCUGAUGAAAGCGCCAGCUAUAACCAGUUCUGUGCCAGGAGGAGCCCAGAGGCUCCGUCUCAGCCUUUGGAGUUCUGAACCAAAAAAGCACUAAUUUCAGGGAAUGAAGUGAGAUAUUCCCAGAGAACAAAUUGGAGUUACACAACAAACUGCCAUGGACCGCGCUUCUUUUCUCCGAACUGACCUGCAGAAACCACUGCCUUAAAAGAAUGAAAGGGAAACCAACAUGAAACACCAAAUAGUGCGUGUGACUCUUCCGGCGGUGCUGUGCUUGGGAUAGAUCAUAGCUGAUUUGCAUUUCUUUUAACUUUGUACUAAUUUUGGAGGGGGGAAUCGCCUUUUUUAGAAACACUUUAAAAAGGAAAAACAUAUUUCUUAUGGGUCAUGUGAGGGGCUGGUUUUGAGCUGAGGUGUGAAGAUACCCUGCCCAAGUAGGAUGCUGCCAGCAGCCUACCUGAAAGGCUGCUUUGGCUUCCAGUAAUCUGCAGCCUCACUGGCUUUCCCACAGCAAGAGUUUAGGAAUUAGACGUGUUCACAAUGUGAGUGGUUGGGAUGUGUUCGGGGUUGGGGGUGGGGUUUGCUUUGAAUGAGGGGAGUUUUUUUUAGACACUAAAGUUCUGAAAUAUAGUACUGUAUGGGGAACCUCAUUUCCUGCAGGAGGCAUAAAGGCUGAGUGUUCCUGUUUCAGACGCUCUUUCAAGUGGGCUCCAGAAAACAUGGUUGUUUUUAACUGGGUUUGAAGUUUAGCCUUUUAUUUGAAUUCAUUGUUGGACCACAGAUCUGCUUAGGAAAGAACAGUAAUCCCAACCUAAACUUUUCUGAGAUUUUACAGUAACUACAUUUUUUUCAAGUUAAUUGAAUUAACCCUCUGCCAGUCACUGGUGAUUUUUGUUAUCAAAGUGAUGUAUUGAUAUUUCAUCAGAAUAUUUUCUUUUACAAGGUGUAAUGUAUACAAUGCCAGUUUUUUUUAUUAGUCAUUUUCAUUAUUUUUGUUAAAUAGGAGAUUCAGGGUCACAUUUGUUUAUAAGAGCUUCCACAUGUGUAUGUGUGUAUGUAUUUUAUUAUAAGGCAUACGAAAUAAUUUUAAAAGGGAAAAAGGGGAAAGAUUGAGAUUCUGGGAAUCUUCAGUUUAUCAAAACUUUCCUUCUCCCAUAACUUUCCUUUAUAAAAAACAUUUUUCUGAAAACUUACUGUUGGUCCCUGCCAUGAAACCAUUAUUUCAUCAGUAGUUGACCAAGCUGUUUUGUGAGAGCUCUUCUACACAACAGUACAUUUAAUUUCCAGAAUAAAUGUUGAAUUGCAGAAAGAAAAAAAAGUUCAAAGGUGAACUGCCUUAGAGUUUUAACAAAAAAAUGGCACUUGGACAAUAGCUAUGUGUUAGAUGCUGUAAGCUCAUGGGGCACUGUGUAAUUUAGCAGUGGCCCAGAGUAAGAAAUGCUUUUUGACUGAUACCUUCCAAUAAACUUGUAAUACUUUGGGCCUCACAUAAAAUUUCUUACAUUUGCAUUCUUAGAGAGUUUUAUACUUUUUUUAAUCAUCAAUAUUUCACUCUUGAAACUUAAAUAUUAAACAGAAAAUAUUGCCCACAGAAUAAUUAGCUAAAAAUCUAUCCAAAGGAAAGUAGAAGAGCUUUUGGGAAAGGAUAUGAACAGUUCAAAUAUUUUUCUCAUAUAGCACAGUUAGAAAUACCAUUAUUUCUGGUUUUGUGGAAUGUGACAGAGGCUAGAGAGGGCAAAAUGUUGCCUGUGGUAAAUGAUUUUUCAGUUAAUGACCUCCCAGGCUGAACCCACGUCAGGUACAUAGGAAGAUACCACGUGCAUAGCCAACAGUAUUACUACAUAGACCUUGCACAUCUUUCUUUGGUUUUGCAUUUUUAAAAAAUUCCUUAAUUUGUCUAUUUCUCUUCAGAAAUAAGUGUUUUUAACAGUGUAUGUGCUUUUUAAAAUACUGUGGAUGAAAACCCUGUGGAUUUUUUACUAUUAUGUUCUCAUAAAUAAGCUAAAGUAGAUAUGUUGUAGGUUAACCAUAUUUGUGGAGAUUUGCAACUGAAGUCAGAGCCUGACAUCACACAGUUUUGCCAAAGAGAGAGCUAAACUGGAAGACGUGUUUGAUAUUUUCAGCUCUAAACGUUAAGGGAUGCUUGCACAGAGAAAGAGUAGCGUUCAAAUGUGGUGAACAGUCCCCGUAUAGGAUUGUGGCCUCCGGCUGACCGAAACUCUUAACAUAACUGUGCAGUAGAAGUAGCCAUUGCUCUUCUGUCUUCAAAUUUGUCUAUUCAAAAGAUUAUACGUUGCUUUUGAGGAUUAUUUUAGCAUUUGAAGCAAAUGGAAACCAGUGAAAGCAGGGAAUUAAAAUAGCAUAGGUGAAUUUUUGAUCUAUAAUUCACCAAAUGAUCUAACAAUUGAAACAAAGAAAAUAGGUCACCAAAAUAAUAUUAAAUAUUUAGGUAGUUUAUUAGUAGAAAGAUGAAAUUUUUUCCUCUUAUUAAGCCUACGCUUAAUAAAUUAGUAAACGAGUGACUCCAAAGCUUGAGAUUUCUAUCAAUAUUACACUCAUUUUUUUUCUCCUAGCCGAGAACAACUCAUUAGAAAUUCCAUUAUAAUUUAAAUUUAAGCUAGUUUACAAUAAGCAUAAAUAUUGGCAUAUUAUACUGCCUGGUGUAGUAGUGUAUAAUACUAGCCAGAAUACAAUUUGAGGCACAUGUAAUUUAACAGUUUAUUUGAACACGGAAGCUUAUUUUUCAUGCAGAAGUAACAUCAGUUUUUAAAAUACAACUAUAAAAAUACCUGCAUAAUAAUGGCCUUCAGAGCACUGGCUUCAGUUUCAUGCCCCCUCCGGGGUUUGGACUUCGCUGUUUUGUUUUCUUUUCUUUUCCUUUUUCCCCAGAGGUAUUAUUUUUACCGUAAUCUUCAAACUAUAAGAAUUGAAAGAGAACUAAUCAAACACACCUUCCUAUAGCAUUUUCCUCACUAUGUAAAUAUUAUUAAUUUUAUAAACAUUACAAAAAGGGAUCCCAACAAUUUGAGUAUUUUUUUUUCCCUAGGUCUGUGCUUCAAUGACAAUCUUUUUUUUUUUUUCUUCUGCAUAAAAAAUGCCAUAUGACUAUUGCACUACCUUCUGUAUGGACUGUUACGGUAUUGGGUCCCCCGGUAUGUCAAGAGUUAGGGUGUUUAUAGCUGCAGAGUUUUAAUAAGUGGCUUUAUUCCUCUUCUGGGUGACUUACAAAAGAGCCCAAGGAGCAUUAUUGUUGCAGAAGGAAUGUUUACAGUCUCUAGUGUCUACACUGUGUAUUAGUUGACACGGGGGCCCUCAAAGAACAGCCUAGCCUGUCGCUCUCUUGGGGUUACUAGAAUUUACCUGGCCAAAUGACUUGAGCAGAAGUCUUUUUUUUUUUUUUUCUUAAGCUUAAAUCUGUAAACUAUACACCUUUACUGCUGAAAACAAAACUAUAAAGCAUCGUAUUAAUUGGAAACCAAUAAUAAUAGUAGACUUAAUCCAUUGACUUCUUAAAAGAAUAUAUCCAUUAUUGAUUUUCUUCUUGUUUUUUGAGGCACGUUCCUUUCCACCCAGUUUUUAAACGAACCUGUUACCUUCUGCAAAUGCAGGGUACCAGUGUUGCUUAACAGAAGGUAAUUUUUAAUAACAGAAAUCUUCUGAUUCAAAGGAUCUCUUUUUGAAAAUGAAGAUGAAUUUAGCUGUGCCCCAGUGGAACUAUAGUAUUGCUGUCACAUGGACAAACGAUCCAAAGCAAGUGGUGAGGUUUACCUGACUUCUUCGGUGGUCUUUUAGGGUUUGUUUUUAUUUUCUGUCUCUUCUUUCAUACUGGUUUUUUCAGACAUAGUAAAUUUAUGGUUUUACAGCCAGAGUGAUACUCUGUUUUUUCUAAGCUUUGAGAAAAAACAUUGUUACGUAAUCGCAUUGAGGAUCAUUGUUUUCCACGUGAAGUCAACCUUUUUUAAAUGAUUUAAUAAGUACUUCUUGGUUUUGCUCCCCCUAAAAAUGGCUUGUGAAUAAAGUGACCUCUUUUUUUUCCCCCCCCCCCGUUCCGAGGAUUCUAAUGAAAGAUAUGUGCAUGCAAACUCUUUCAGGUUAUUGAAAGCAGUUUCAUUAUACCAGUAUCUCAAGUGGUAGUGUGGGGAAAAUUUGGUCAGUGCCUUAACAAUUUGAGGACCAAUUUUAGGGCAUCAAAUACGACGAUAAUCCUCUGCCCUGUUGCUUGUCGGAUUUCAGGAGUGUGUGCUAUCCUGUGUCCACCAGCUUACUCUUUCUCACAGCAGGUGCAAGACAGUCUGUACACAGGCCUCCAGGCAGUUGCUGCUGUCCUCCUUGGUCUUGAUUCUUCUUUAGACGGGCUCCCUCCCUGCCCCUCUCCUGCCAGGGGAGAUUAAAACGAAACCCGCCCAAAUCAACCUUUAGAUGCGCGCUUUUAUGAACAGCUUUGAAGAGCAUCCAUCCAGCUGAGUUUGGUUUUAUUUUGUGUUGUUGAUGUUGUCGUUUUGAGCAUAGAUUUAAUUCUAAAGACCUUUCAGAAAAUCCCUAGAAGAAUACAUUAUAGCCAGAAGGAUUUGUUGAGAUCUUAUUAAAGCUACUGAAAUCUUGUAAUGAUAAUCUCUUUGACAAAAAAGUGAAAUUUAGAUUGGUUCAUUCUUACAUUUAAAUAAGACUCAGAACAAACAGGCAGUCACUUAACCUACCAGUUCUUGUUUGCUUGAAAAUACUAUUGCAGGAAAGUGAAAAUAACUCUAAUGUCUAAAUUAAAGGAAAGCUAAGAGACUAAACUAGCUUUCUCAGUCAAAACAAAACUUGGAAACAUUUUGCUUCUGAGACUCUUGCAAGAUGAACGACUGUUCAACUGAGUCAAGAUGCUAUUUUCACAUUUUUUAAGGGCUAGUAUGUUUCAGAAUACAGAAGUAGAUAUCGUCUUUAAAGAGUUAACUGAUCCUUAAGGGUUAUUAACAGGAUUUAAAUUUUGAUUCUAGUCACCUGGCCUUGCAGAGUGGUGAUGGGAUGAAAGGAAUGGAAUGCAUAUAGUGCUUUGGGAUGAGACUUUUAAUAGACCAGAGAGAUUUUCAUAAAUAUUAUCUGUGUUUUAGAUACUAACAGAUAUUAACUUUCCCCUAAAGAUAUCACCUAUUAGAACUACUCAUAAAUAGAGUCCAGUAAUCAUGACUUACCAGGUCUGACACAGUAGCUGCUCAUAAAUCACCAGACUCUCAAGAGUUUCUACAUCUUGAUUAUUGACAAAUUUAUUGUUUUAUAGCCCAGUGCAGUGUGUAUGUGUGGGGAGGACCGGGGAACUCGUUCACAAUGUCAUCUAAAGGAGAUAAACAUCUGUGGGCAUAAAUAUCCCAGUGAUGAUAAUAUACAGGAAAACACAAGCCAUUUUUAUUCUUCUUUAUCCCAGUUAACCUGAGGUACUCCCGUGAUGAAGCGCUCAGUUGCACUAUGACCUCCCUGAGUGAUGUGCAGCUUGGUUCCUCUCUCAUUUUUUGUUUCUGUUUAAUAUGCAGAUGUGAGUGUGAGAUCUUCAGUGUGUUUGCAUAAGCUAACUUAAAAUGAAUUUAAGUACAGUUUUCUGAAAUAUUUCUAUUGAAAUAAAUUACUUAAAAAUAUA